AUGGCAAGCACGUACAACAACCUCAAGGAUAUUGAGGCAUCUUCAGACCACUUAAUAUUGAGGAUUAAAGUGAGAGUCGUGAAAAUAUGGUCAUUGUCUCCUGCUGAGCAAAAAUACGUGAAGCCAACUUUAGAGUUGGUGGUCAUGGAUCACAUGGGCGAUCGAAUCCAGUGCACUAUUAGGAAUGCUCAGAGGAGGCUCUUUGAAGAUGAGUUAUCGGAGGGAAAAAUCUAUAUCGUUUGUAACUUCUCAACUUCCUUGAAUGACCAGAAAUACAAGGCCGCUAACCAUGCAUGUAGGAUAUACUUCAAGAGGGAUACUCAACUUCAGAUGGUCCAUGAUCCAUCCUUUCCGGAGAAUGUGUUUCGUUUUGUUCCUAACGAUCUAAUACUGAACCACACAAAUGCUCAGUCGCAUCUUAUAGAUGUUAUUGGUCUACUUACUGGCAAGGGUGACAUAAUUGAAUUUACUAAGAAUGGCAAGAAGUGCAGCUACAUUGUUCUCGAGCUCGAUGACAUGCAGGGAAAAGGCAAGAUUAGGUGUACACUUUGGGAGGAUUUUGCAACUAUGUUGGUCAAGCACAUUGAACAGCAGCCAACAUCAGAGUACAUCAUCAUUGUACAGUUCGCUAAGUUCAACCUCUUUAAAGGUGCAAUGGGCAUAUCAAAUACCAAUCAUAAUUCAAUUCUCUACAUCAAUGCGGACUUCCAAGAGGUUAAGGAUUUUCGCAAGAGCGUCCUCAUGGCGGGGGUUCCACGUGCAAACCAACUAUCCCAAAUUGCUGUGGAGCCAGCGUACUCUAUGGAGGAUGAUCUCAUCAAUGUCUCCAUUUACAAACCCAUUUCUGAACUCAAGGCAUCCAUUGAGAAUGGUAGCUUCGUGACAAUUGGAACUGUUAUUGCAAUUGACCCCAAGAACGGGUGGUGGUACAAAAGUUGUAAACAUUGCUUUCAUUCACUAAAGGAGGCUGAGGAUUCCUACUAUUGUGCCAAGUGUGCCACCUAUCCAACGACUCACACACCCAGGUAUAGCAUUAAUAUAAAGGUUGCUGAUGAUACCGAUACGGCUUCAUUCCUGCUUUAUGACAAGGAAGCGGCCAAAUAUCUUGGAAUCUCUGCCUCUGACCUCAGGCUUGCACAACUAACUAGGGGUGGAGUAAAUGAGGAAUACCCAAUAGAGCUCAAUUCCUUUAGGGGUAAGAAAUUCCUUUUCAAGGUUUCUGUCAAGAUGGAAGAUCUAAAUUCUUUCCAGCCUUGCAAGGUCAUUGUGAUGAAGAUGACUGAUGAGAUAUCGCUUAUAACAAAAUUUUUAGGAAAGCAUGAUAUAUACCAGCAAAACCUUGCACUGGAACACUCAGAACUAUUGAACAUGCAAACUGCUUCCACCGACACGCCAAAGGGCACGGGUUCUCCUUCUGUUGAGUCGUUGGUGGACAACUCUAACGAUGCUUUCUCAACCCCCAAGAGAAACAUUAUUAGUGGUGGAUGCUCUAAGCGACUCAUUGAUCUUUAUCCAGACUCUGCUAAUGGAUCAUCAUCGAAGUGUAGAAAGCUCGAAGAUGGCAUUCCCGGAGUUGAUAGAGUCUACCAAGAUUAG